AUGGGGACCCAUCAGGAGAAGAGAGAGGUUCUGAGAAGGAUGUUUCAGGAGAGGGGGUUUGUGGUGGGGGAUGGACUGAAGUAUGGAGUUGAUCUCCUGCUGUACACGGACUGCCCGUCGAAGGUGCAUUCGAGGUAUGGGAUUCUGAUAGACAGGAGGCACACCCUCCUGGACAUUGUUGGUGUGCAGAGAACAUGUGCCUCCGUCAACAAGGCCUUGGUGGUGGUGUUUUUCGAUGGAUUGGAUGUGCAGAUGGUGAGUGCCGAGAGGAUGGAGCUGAGCGGCGGCGGAGACAGGAGCUUGGCAGCAAGGAGCCCUGGGACUUAG